GUCCUGGCGGAAAAGCGGAGCUUGGGCAGCAGGGAUGGACCCCCACACCUCGUGGUUCUGGUGCCGCUGCACAGCAGGGCUGCAGUCCACGACACCUUCUGCUUGCUGAAGAGCCAGGAUUCGGCUGUUAUCCAUGUGGAUGAGGGGAAAGCUGGUGGGUUUGUGCUCCUUUGCCCCCGACUCAAGCAGCGCUGGCGCUUUGUGACAGCACAGGCAGGGGACCUUCAUGCUAUUUUAGACCUUGCAAAGGUUGCCGACUCCCUUCUGUUCAUCCUGGAUCCUGCAGAAGGCUGGGACAGCGCAGGAGAGCACUGCCUCUCCUGCCUCUUCGCACAGGGGCUCCCCAGUUACGCUCUUGCUGUCCCAGGAGGCACUGACUUGCCACCAAAGAAGCGGAUAGAUGCCAAGAAGAAACUUGCCAAAGCCAUUGAGAAGCGCUUUCCAGAGGCCAAGCUCUUCCCUCUGAACUCAGAGCAGGAGUCCUUGCUGCUGCUGAGGCACCUCGCCACCCAGAAGCAGCGGCAUCUCGCUUUUCGGAACAGGCGGGCUCACCUGCUCGCCUAUGCUGCUGAGUUUGUACCCGGUCAGGAGAGCGACCUGAUUGGGACCUUGAAGGUGUCCGGCUUUGUCCGGGGACAGACCCUCGAUGUGAACCGCCUCGUGCAUAUUGUGGGGUAUGGAGAUUUCCAGAUGAGCCAGGUGGAUGCCCCCCCCGACCCCCUCUCUUUGAACCCGCGAGUGGUUAAAGGACAGAAGAGGAGUCAGGACAUGGAAGUACAGGAUGACUCUGUAAACUGUACCGAUGAGAUGGAGGAAGAUGUUAAGGUCCUGAUGAAGGCAGAUCCAAACAAGCAGGAGUCUCUGCAGUCAGAAGUGGUUCCUGAUCCUAUGGAAGGGGAACAGACAUGGCCCACUGAAGAAGAACUGCAAGAAGCAGAGGCUUCUCUGAAGGCAAACAGGAGGGUGGUGAAGGUCCCCAAAGGCACAUCCAAGUACCAGGCUGCCUGGAUUGUGGAUGAUGAAGAGGGCAAGCAGGAAGAUGAUGAUGACGACGAUGAUGAAGAUGAUGACAUUGAUGAUGAUAUGAUGGAAGAGGCAGUUUCCCAGGAGGGGGAAAGCAGUGAGGAGGAAGAGGAGCCUGCAGAGGAGGAGUGUGAGACCAUGACCAUUUCCGAGUGCUUGCGGGACGACCAGUAUGAUGAGAAGGUGGAGGAAGAUGAACAGAUGCUGGAGAGAUACAAACAGGAGAGAAUGGAUGAAAUGUUUCCAGAUGAGGUGGACACGCCACGUGACGUACCUGCCAGAGUCCGGUUCCAGAAGUACAGGGGGCUGAAGAGCUUCCGGACUUCUCCAUGGGACCCCAAAGAGAAUCUUCCAAGGGACUAUGCCAGGAUUUUCCAGUUCCAGGACUUCUGCCGAACCAGAAAACACCUCUUCCGGCAAAUCGAGAAAGAGGAGACUGAAGGAGCCUCAGUUGGCUGGUAUGUUACACUUCAUAUCUGCAAUGUCCCUGUUUCAGUGAUGGAGAGCUUCAAAGAAGGGAAGCCACUAGUCCUGUUCUCGCUGCUUCCCCAUGAACAGAAGAUGUCCGUGUUGAAUUUCCUGGUGCGUCGGCAUCCGUGCAACAGUGAGCCAGUGAGGGCAAAGGAGGAGCUGAUCAUUCACUGUGGGUUCAGGCGCUUCCGAGCAUCCCCCCUGUUCUCCCAGCACACCGCAGCUGAUAAGCACAAGCUGGAGCGUUUCCUGCGCCUGGAUGCUGCCUUGGUGGUGACUGUUUAUGCUCCCAUCACUUUCCCUCCUGCCUCAGUGCUUCUUUUUAAACAGAGAAGUAAUGGUAAUGACUCUGCCUUGCAGGAAUUAAUGCACGACCUCAUCGCCACAGGUUCUCUGCUUUCUGUGGACCCAGACAGAAUUGUCAUCAAGCGGCUGGUGCUCAGUGGCCAUCCUUUCAAGAUCUUUACCAAGACAGCUGUUGUGCGAUACAUGUUCUUUAACAGAGAGGAUGUGAUGUGGUUUAAGCCAGUGGAGCUGAGGACAAAGUGGGGUCGUAGAGGACACAUCAAGGAGCCUUUAGGGACCCAUGGUCACAUGAAGUGCCACUUUUCUGAACCUCUACAAGCGCUGAGGACAGCACUGAUGUCGAACCUCUACAAGCGCGUUUUUCCUAAAUGGACUUAUGACCCCCAUGUUCCGGAGCCUGUGCCGUGGGUGAGGAGUGAGAGCACGCUGCCAGUGCAGGAGGUGGAAAUGGAAUAA